AUGGCAGCGAGCGACAUGCGUUUGUUUGCUGAUGCUCACUCGAAAGCAUGCGGACUGCCGCAAUCCGAACAUCAGUUUUGCCAGCAAUACGUGGUGAGUACAGAGCCUCCGAAAUCUUGGGCACUGGAUCCACCGAAAGUUUAUCCAGAAACAUUUGAGAGGUCAAAUUACGAGGAUGAAAAACUGAGCAUAACACACAACACCCAAUAUGAUAAUUUGGAGAUCCGUGGUUUGUACAAAUCCACUGGAAAUGUGCGUCCAGUUUCUGUAACAUCGGUGAACAAUGAAGCAUUUGAGCGCAGUCCGUGUUCCACAUACCGAGCAGACUACGUCAACCAUCCGAUGUUCUUGAACAAUACACCAAUACACAGCAAAUCAGAUCAACCGCUUAUCCUGGGACCCUAUUACUACAAUAGUUCUCCAAGCCCUCUGGAAACACGUGAACCUGCAUGGCAUCGCCAAGCCUUUCGGUAUCCUGUCGCAACAGAAUCGUCAUAUUAUAUCAAUGAGCAUAAACCAUCACUACCAAUCGGUUGCUCUGAAUGUCAAGCACUUUGUGGAGUGCACGAUGUGCCCGAAAGCAUUUAUACGACAGAUUUUGUGCCCCACGAAAUUGUUCCAAGUUCUCCACGUUGCCAAUCUUCCUUUUCAGUGCAACAGGCCACUGACCCAAUGGAAAAUAAAUCAUGCUACAGAUUAGACUACCCGCCAUGGACUGCCGAGCCACGUAAAAUUAUGAAACCAAAAGAAGUAUACAUCCCAAAUUUUGAAAAGCUGGCAAGUGACACAAGCUAUCAGAUCGAUUUUCCGAUCCGUGAAGGAUCACUGACCACAAAGCCAUUUCGUCCAACCUCUAAUCAGUGGUUUCCAACAGGUGGAAGAACUGGCAUCAGUAACUACCAAGAAGAGUUCAUUAGUCGACCAGCGGAGAAAGUUCCGAGUAUGAAACCACGAGAGGUGUAUAUGCCUUCGGAUAGACAUAUGGAUGACGCAACAGUCUAUCGGUCUGAUUAUGGACACAAAAUCGCUGAUCACCAACAAAGGUUUGCUCCGAAGAUUCAGUAUCAUCCACCAUCUGGUCCAUUUGUUGGAACAACUACCUACACUGAGGAUUUCCAAAAGCGUCAUGGAGAACGAUCCAGAAAUUUUAAGCCAGUUGAUCGAUACAAUAAGCCAACACAGAAAAUGACUGAUAUCACCUGCUACAUGGAUGAUUUUCGAGCAUUCAGUUGUAACCGAGCGGUACCAUGUCGCUUUUAUCCAGAGUACGUUCCACCUUUUGGAAAGUUUGUUGACGAAACUACUUAUAAAACGGAUUUCACCAAGAAAGUCGCCGAGGAGAGUGAAAAAUAUAUUCCUAAAGACAAUCUUGUGGUUGAAUGUGCCGCGAGGCUCAACAGACUCUCCAACUUUCGGUCAGACUUUUAUCUUCCCCAUUUCGGGCAGAAGCAUGAGACAAAUUCGAACUCAAGCAAGCCACUCCAAGACACGUAUAGACAUACUACUUAUAAAAUUGGCAAUACAGAUACUUCGGCCGAAAGGACUCCUUCCUUUUAUCCAACACAUGAUUUUCAGCAUCCCUCAGGACGUCUUGCCGGAAGCACAACCCAUCAGGCAUUGCAGGGCAACCAAGGGCAGCCUGUAGUACCUAGAGAUGAUUGCUGUCUAUCGAAGGGGUGCAUUAAUUCUCGCACCAGCUGCAUGACCAAUUUUAUUUCCCCAAGUCACGAGACGCAGCCUGGAUCUCCACGUCCUGCCACCACCAAUGACGAAGUCUGUGAAUCGCAAGCCGCAGAUACAAGAACAAGAAGUAGAUCACUAGGUGAAAACUCACGCAGCUAUUCGGCUCUGAAAGAAAUUGAAGGACAUGCAAGUCUCCUCAAAACGGAGAAAUUAGAUCAAGACCAUUCUCGCUUCACGUGCAGCAAGUGCCAUAAUUCUGUCGUCAAACGGUUAGAAAUGACCGAAGACGAGAUAAAUUAUGCGAACCAUCCAAGCCAGUUCCCUGAAAUUCCGGUUGGCACACAUGGUCUUUGUCCACGAAAUCAAAAUGGAAAUACGUGA